UUCGGGACAGCUAUGGAAGCCACAUGUUGAAGGUGGCAGAGUUUCCCGUGGCCUGCGUCCCUAUAGAAGUGUUGUGGAUAAAGCUCACCAGGAGGACCUGUUCACUCUCCCGGUAAUGUUACAGGAGAAUUUGUGCUCACAAGGUGCAGGAGAGCUGUCUCUGCCUGGGAAGAGACACUUAGGGAUGGCGCCGGCUGAGAGGAAGCGCCUGGGGAGGGCUGCGAAGGCCCCGAUGGAGGCUCAGGGUAUGGCAGCCUGUGACUUCGGGAGACAAGAGAGAAGAGAGCCGCGUGGGCCAGAGGGUGUUCCGGAAGGAAACAACCGAGUCAUUGAUAACUAUGGGGAAAUAAGUUCUUCUCCAGGAACAUUUGAGGAAGAUGUGGGGAAUGAAUUACAGAAUAUGUUGGAAAGUUUUGAAGGUGACAUUAAAAAGGUUCUUCAUGCAAAGAGAAAAAGAUUCUUAAUGAAUACCAAUGCUUCUGUCAAAACCAUUAACCAGAAAAUUGAGCAUGUUUGGAAAAGCCAGGAAGAACAAAGGCAGAAGCUUUAUCGCGAAUAUUCUCAGCAGUUUUUGACUUUGUUUCUGGAGUGGGACAUGGGUGUGCAGAAAACCAAAGAAGAAGAGGAAAAACUAGCUAACUUGUUUCGUGAGCAACAAAAGAUUUUUCAACAAGCUAGAAUUGUUCAGAGCCAGAGACUGAAAAAAAUUAAAAAUGUAUAUGGCCAGCUCUUAAAGAGUAUGGAGGAGUUAGAGAAGGAUCAUGAACAUCUUCUUACUGAUGAGCAAAGCAAAGUUAGACAAGAGAUGGCCAAGCUGCAAAACAAAAUUAUGCUGGAAGCUCAGCAGCAAGAGCUGGCAAUGGUUCGGAAGUCUCUUCAAUCCCUGUUAUUCUGAUGACUUUGAAGAAAGAAUUUGAACCUAAAGUUAGUUAUAUGAUACAAGUGUAACAUUAGCUACAUCAAAUACAAGUGUAACAUUAGCUACAUCAAACCACGUUGCCGUGGCUUAAAAUUUUCUAGUUGAAGUCAGUACAUCUUGUUUAUCAUUUGCUUGUUAAGUGAGUGUAAGCAUCCUUUUCUGUUAACCACCAAAUGAAUCCUAAGCAGUUAUGUGGGUGGCGGCAAUUCCACAGGUACAUGUAUCCAGCUUUCAACCCUGUGGUAGCAGUGGAGUUGUUUUCUCCCUAACACUGUCAAUUAACUUUUAGGUUUUGGCCCCAGCAAUUCUGUUAUCAACCCCAAAAGAUAGAAAGCACAAGUGUAGAAUGUUACGGUGUUCUUCCUUAAGGAAAAAGAAAAAUAAAGGCUAGAAAAUCUAUUUUAUCUGUGCCCGCCCCCACCAUGUCUUUACUCACUGGUUUACAGAGCCAAUUCCAGGGGGAAAAUGAUUUGAAAGGAAAAUCUACUCUAUUGCCUUAUAGAAAUUAUUAAAGGCAUCUGAGAUUCUGUUUUUGAAUAAAGUGGACUGCUAAAAAUCUUUAAGAGAGCAGACCUAGAUAUGUAAGUGUCCGUGCUGAGACAUGGGUUUGUGAAUGUGUCAUUUCCACAAAGACAUCACAAUGUCAUUUACUUGGCGUUGGUCCACUAUUAAAUGACACCUGCCCUUAGCAUGGAUCAAAAGUCUUUCAUUAAUAUAUACACACUCUUAAUUACCUGUGGUUUAUGUAUUUCACACCUGUCUUAAAGAUGCAUUACCUAGAGUGCUUUGUGUUCAAGGUUAAUAUUCAUUGACUAUGUGGAACAUUGGUUUUGUUUUCAUCUAAAAACUUGAAUAAUUAAUUAUUGUACCUUUCCUCAUGUAACGGGCAUUUUAGAAAAAUCUAUGACAAUGUUCAAAAUCUUCAUUUGGGAACAUUUGAUUUAAUGAAUAUGGAAUUGUUUCAGAAUAUAUUUGGAAUAAGUCAGUUAACUGUAUUCUUAUUCUGAGUUACUGAAAUUGUUUUCAAUGUGUUAUUUUAUUUUAAAGCUACUUGGAGGAGAGGAGUGAAUCUCUCUCUCUCUCUCUCUCUCUCUUUUUUAAUGUGUUUUUAAUGUACUUAGUGAUUGAACGGCUGACGCUUAUUUUAUUCUGUCACCACUUCAAAGGGUUAAACGUGUACUUGAAGUAACUUGUGGCUGAUAGUUGAAAAACAAGAUUUUUCUUUUUUAAUAACCAUUUUGUUAGGAGACAGAUUUUCUUACAUGUGUACUGUGUUUAUGUUAACGUUUUAUCUUUUAAUGGUAAUGUUUAACGUCCACUUUUUUGUAACAAUAAAGUUUAAAUUCAGAAUAUCAAAGA